UCAGAAGUGAUGCGCAGGCUGACUCAAUGAGGCAGUUAGCAAAUUCAUCAACACCCCCACAGGUCUGAUUCCCGGCCUUGACUCAUCGGGCAUCCUCAUACUUCGUUAGACUCACACAAAUCUCGUCAAUUGCGGGGAAAGCAGCCAAUCUGCUCCCUUCCACGCAUCGUCUUUUUGCUCGCGGUUUUCCGCGCAGCUGUACCAGACCUGCCACGGUGACUAUCGUACAGGCAGCCAGAAUGAGCUCGAAAAAGUCAACGCGGAUCGCAUCAGUAAUCCGCCUGAACACCGACGGUCCGGCAAAAGAUCAGUCGCUGGCAGAAUGGUGGGCCAGCGAACAGGGCCGGAACACGCCUGAGGCCGUUGCAAUCGCAGAGGCUGCCAACCUCCUCCGGACGAGCGAUGUGCCCGUUGCGUUUCCUACAGAGACAGUAUACGGUCUAGGCGCCGAUGCCACGCGAAGUGAUGCAGUACAGGGCAUAUACAAGGCGAAGCAAAGGCCAUCGGAUAAUCCGCUCAUUGUACAUAUCGACUCUUUACAGAUGCUUAAUCGGCUGCUGAACCCUGCCUCGGAUACUUCCUGCCCCACGAAAGUCGUUCAGAGCACAAUUCCUCCCAUCUACAAAGCCCUGAUCGAACGGUUCUGGCCGGGCCCACUUACAAUUCUCCUCCCGAACCCGUCGGGCUCGCGUCUUGCGCCGGAGGUUACGUCUAAUCUUACGACGUUCGGAGUGCGCAUGCCUUUGUCGCCGUUAGCAAGGCUGUUGAUACACGUUGCCGAUAGACCCUUGGCUGCGCCUUCAGCGAAUGCGUCGACGAAGCCGUCGCCCACAGCAGCAGAGCAUGUGUUCCAUGAUUUGCAGGGUCGAAUUGAGCUGAUCCUUGACGGCGGACCGUGCGGUGUUGGCGUGGAAAGUACAGUCGUCGAUGGGCUCUCAAAUCCGCCGAGCAUUUUACGGCCUGGUGGCGUGAGUAUUGAAGAACUGCGAACUUGUCCUGGGUGGGAAAAUGUACAGCUUGCAUACCACGAUGGGACGUACGACGUGAAGGAGAUCCCUCGUGCUCCCGGCAUGAAAUACAGACACUACUCGCCGAAAGCCCGCGUCGUUCUUUUCGAAGCUGGCUCAAAGUCUCAGGCGAUCGUGGAUCAUGUCAAGCGAGAUCUACAAGAUACUGCCGUCGGCGCACAUUCCAUUGGUCUUGUGCGGACGCGGACCUGGAAGCGCGGGCUUCAGCUCUUACCUGAGGAGGAUAUUGAGAAGAUGGCGAAGGCAACCGCGUCACUUGUCGGCAGCCUGGUCCAAUUCUCCAUCCCUGUUGGCGGGAAGACAAAGGAAGUCUUUGACUGUCAUCUGGGCACAGACGUCAAGGAUAUCGCACGCGGGCUAUUCGCGGCUUUGCGGGCGAUGGAUGAGAAGCAAGUUGAUGUUAUUUAUGUCGAGGGAGUUUCUGAUACCGAGUACCUGGCUGCGGCUGUGAUGAAUCGACUUAGAAAGGCAGCUGGGUCAACCUUUAAAGUGUAGACAAAAAAAUAGAUGGGAUUCUGGGUAUGGUCGUAUCUCCAAUGAUCUUGUUUUAGGCAUUUUUCUACUUGGCGGUGUUAGGCGAGUCUUUACGAAUCAUGGUUUACC